CGAGGCACCCUUUAGCCACUGGGCGUCCUUCUCGGCGCGGCCGCCGAGGGGGGUGGCGGAGGUGAGGCGAGCUCUGCUCCUUCAUGUCCUGGAUUCGCUCUAGGGCUGCCUCUCCAGCCAGCAGCACCCCCUCCCCUCCCCGCUCCGCCACCUCCUGCAGAGCAUGCAGGUCUCUGCCACCCGGGAAGCCGGCUCCACUUCCUUUCCCAGCCUAGGAGCCGGCCUCCUGCCUCCCGAGUUGUCCCAUCCUUAAGGGGGUUGUGUUUGGCAAGCUCUUUUCGGGAGGAUGCCGUCCACCGGCUUCGCUGGGCUGUUUCUGUGGCUUCUCUUGGAGGUGCCACUCAAGGGUGCACCUGUGCUAUGUGUGGGUCAACUAGGACUAAGGAACACAAACCUCUUUCCAUCUCUGCAUUCAGAGUUGCUAGACUUCACGGACCACAGUGAAUAUGAUAUUGUGACAGCAUUUGAAGUAGAUCAAAAUGGGGACUAUAUAAGCCAUGCUGUGGCACACCAUGAACGGAGGAAGAGAUCAACUUCAGAGGGAGGAAAUGACUCCUUGCACCUCCGUUUCCAUGGAUUUGGCCAUGAGUUCCAGCUUGACCUGAAGACUUCUGAUUUUCUUGUUGCCCCUGGAUUUACAAUACAGACAUUGGGCAAGGGAAGAACCAAAUCAGUGCAGACGUACCCAGCAGAGGACUUUUGCUUUUAUCAAGGUGUCUUGCGAUUGCACAAAAACACAUCCGUAGCACUUUCGACAUGUGGAGGCUUGUCAGGCUUGAUAAGGACGCAGGAAGCGGAUUACUUACUGAAACCACUACCUCCCAAUCUUGCACUUAAACAUAACUUCUCUGCUCCUCACGGCCACCAUUCUCAUGUAUUGUACAAGAGAUCUAUUGAGCCUCAGCGGUCAAUUGAUAAUGAGGUAACUGUGAAUGAUGAGAGGCAAAGGGAAGUGGAUGCUCACAGUAAUGUCCUUCGAGAAGCCCAGCACCACCACAGUUCCGAGCGGCGGCACAAACAGCACUUUUGUGGAAGGCGCAAGAAAUAUAUGCCCCAGCCUCCAGGGGGAGACACCUAUAUCUUACCAGAUGAAUAUAAGUACCUGCUGCGAAACAAGCGAUCUCUUCUGAAGACCCACAGGAACAAAGAACUGAAUGUUGAAACUUUAGUGGUGGUUGACAAAAAGAUGAUGCAAAACCAUGGCCGCAACAACAUCACUACUUACGUCUUGACUAUACUCAAUAUGGUUUCUGCUUUGUUCAGAGAUGGAACAAUUGGGGGCAAUAUUAACAUUGCAGUUGUUAGUUUGAUACUUCUGGAAGAAGAUCAGCCAGGGCUUAUGAUUAAUCAUCACGCUGACCAUACCCUGAGCAGUUUUUGUCAGUGGCAGUCUGGGCUGGUGGGGAAAGAUGGCAGCCGCCAUGACCAUGCCAUUUUAUUGACGGGCCUCGAUAUCUGUUCCUGGAAAAAUGAGCCAUGUGACACAUUAGGGUUUGCUCCAAUAAGUGGAAUGUGCAGCAAAUACCGCAGCUGCACAGUUAAUGAAGAUACUGGGCUUGGGCUAGCUUUCACCAUUGCUCAUGAGUCUGGACAUAACUUUGGCAUGGUCCAUGAUGGAGAAGGAAACAUUUGCAAGAAGUCCGAAGGUAACAUCAUGUCACCCACACUGGCCGGACACAAUGGGAUUUUCUCCUGGUCAACCUGCAGUCGUCAGUAUCUCUACAAAUUUUUAAGCUCUGCUCAAUCCUUGUGUCUUGCUGAUCAGCCUAAACCUGUGCAUGAGUACAAGUAUCCAGAGAAGCUUCCAGGAGAGUUGUAUGAUGCAGCCACUCAGUGUAAAUGGCAGUUUGGAGAGAAAGCCAAGCUGUGCAUGAUGGACUUCAAAAAGGAUAUUUGUAAAGCAUUGUGGUGUCAUCGAGUGGGCAGAAAAUGUGAAACCAAAUUUAUGCCAGCUGCAGAAGGUACAUUGUGUGGUUAUGACAUGUGGUGUCGUGGUGGCCAAUGUGUGAAAUAUGGUGAUGAAGGACCCAAGCCAACCCAUGGGCAAUGGUCAGAGUGGUCCAGGUGGUCAUCAUGUUCCAGAACAUGUGGAGGAGGCAUAUCUCAUCGGGAACGAAACUGUACUAAUCCAAGACCAUCCCAUGGUGGAAAAUUCUGUGAAGGUUCCCCUCGGAUGUUGAAACUGUGCAACCAUCAGAAGUGCCCAAAGAACAGCAUCGACUUCAGAGCUGCUCAGUGUGCAGAAUUCAACAGCAGGCGCUUCAGAGGAUGGCACUACAAGUGGAAACCCUAUACUCAAGUGGAAGAUCAAGACAUGUGCAAGCUCUACUGUAUUGCCGAGGGCUUUGAUUUCUUCUUUUCUCUGUCAAACAAAGUAAAAGAUGGGACACCCUGUUCAGAAGAUAGCCCUAAUGUUUGCAUAGAUGGGAUCUGUGAGAUGGUUGGCUGUGAUCAUAUCUUAGGUUCCAGUGCUGUGGAAGAUGCUUGUGGAGUAUGCAAAGGAGAUAAUGCAAGCUGUAAAAUGUACAAGGGGCAGUUCACAAAACACCUCCCCACAAAUCAGUACUACACAUUAGUCACCAUCCCUGCUGGAGCACGAAGCAUUCGUGUGUAUGAAAUGAACAUCUCACAUUCUUAUAUUGCUGUGCGUGCUUAUAAUAAAAAAUACCACCUCAACGGCCACUGGAUUGUCGACUGGCCAGGGAGGUACAGGUUUGCUGGGUCUGUGUUUGAUUAUCGAAGGCCACCUAAUCAGCCAGAGGUACUAAGUUCUUCCGGGCCUACAAAUGAAAGCCUAGUGAUAGAGCUACUCUCUCAAGGUAAAAACCCAGGAGUUGCCUGGGAAUACUCCCUUCCUAAGGCAGAAAGUGAAAGAACAACAGUGCAGAAACAUAACUAUACAUGGGCUGUCAUCCAUUCCAAAUGCUCAGUCUCAUGCGGAGCGGGUCAAAUGGUCACAAAACAAAGCUGCUACAAAGACCUCCAAGUACAAGUGGAUGCUUCUUUUUGCAAUCCCAAAAUUCAACCUGCUACUGGAAUUGUUCAUUGUAAAAUGCCAGCUUGUCCUCCCAGCUGGUCAGUUGGCAACUGGACUGAGUGUAGCUCAAGUUGCGGAACAGGGGAAAGGUACCGGCAUGUUCGCUGCAUGCAGACCGUCCAGUACAAGCCAGAGUGGGUGUCAGAUUCCCUUUGCCAGUUCCCUGCCCCCGUCAACAAGGAGCUCUGCAAUAUCCAAAGCUGCCCACCAACCUGGAGCUCAGGACCCUGGUCAGAGUGCUCUCGAACAUGUGGGAAAGGCUGGAGGAAAAGGGUGGUUGUAUGCAAAAGCUCCAGUCCCUCUUCAUGGGCACAGCUCCUGUCUGAUGCUGCCUGUGUUGCAGAACAGAAACCUAAGAUGCAAGAGGCUUGCCUCCUGAAACGAUGCCAUAAACAUAAGAAGCUGCAGUGGUUUGUGUCCUCGUGGACUGAGUGUUCUGUGACAUGUGCCAAGGGAGUACAAAGGAGAACUCUGAAUUGUGCAGAAAAAUAUGUUUCUGGAAAGUACAAGGAACUUGCUCCUAAGAAAUGUUCCCACCUAGAGAAACCAAAUGUUGAACUGGAGAAAGUUUGCAUCUUAAACUCUUGUCCCAGGCCCCCUGUGUAUUCACCAGUAAAUCAGGGCAGCUGGUUUUCCUCUUCUUGGUCACAGUGCACAGCAACCUGUGGAGGUGGCAUGCAAGUGCGGUCAGUUCAGUGCUUGGCAAAUGGGAGAGCUGCCACUGGCUGCCUUUUGCAUCAGAAGCCCAUUGCCUCACAAGCCUGUAAUACAAACUUCUGCCCUCUUCCUGAAAAGAAAGAUGCCUUCUGUAAGGAUUACUUUAACUGGUGCCACUUGGUUCCCCAACACGGUGUUUGUAAUCAUAGUUUCUAUGGGAAACAAUGCUGCAGAUCAUGUGUCAAUUCGAAUUUGUGAAAAUUGGUUCUAAAAUGAAAAGCAUAGUUCUGAGUGCAACACAAGUUGUGCCUUCGAGAUUGGGGCUGUGUGCCCAGGGAUCCCAAGAAUCUUGAAGAUUGAGUACCCUUUGCUCUGAACUUUGUUUCUUCAUUAAUCAAUGAACCUGUAUAAAAAGUGUAGUCCGGAACUACUCGGACAAGCUAGGUGCCUCGAAUCCUUUUCAGUAUUCUGAUGUAACCCAUGCUGCUGUUUUGACAUGGUUGUCUUGUUCUUAAGAUGCACAGAGAGAAGGGGCUUUUUAAAGAAUGAGGAACAAUUUGUUUCUGAGUUUGAAUAUUGCAGGGGCAGAGUUGAACAUUGUACUUGAAAAAAAAAAUUGAAGAACUGCCCAGCAGAUCAACAUUUGUAUGAGCAACAUGGACCUGCCGGAAGACUUCCUUUUUACCUCAGCUACUACUGCUAACUAACUGCUCUGGGCACAUCCACUGGGAGGUCCUCUUGUGCAAAUCCCACUGAAAUUCUUGGGAAUUGUGCAGAUGAACUAAUGCACUGGAACACUUCCAUGGAGCUUCUGCAGAACAGCUUCGCCCUGGACUGUGUUUGAGAUAUUUAUUAUGUUUUACUUAAACCCUUGCCUGACUCCCAGGCACUUUAGUGGGGCCUCAUGUAGGAGGUGCACUUUGAGAUGAUUUCUUGCUAUUCAUGGGCAGAGUCAUGUCAGGCACCCUAGAGACAGAAUUUGUGAAUACCCUGUGGAAACAAAUAUUAUAACUUAAUAUAGCAAUCAAAAUAUGUUGGAUACACCUUUGCCAAUAAAUAAACCUGAACUGCUUUAGGCAGACCUGUAACUUUUAAUGACUAGUGAGAGUGCAGAGGAGGGACACAAGUCUCGGGGUGCCCUUUCUCUUUUUCAUCCUUUGUCAGAUAAUAAGAUCCUUGGUAUUUGUUGUUUUCAAAUGAGCAAUCUUAUUUAAAAUAUAUUCAUUUUAUGCUUUACUGUUAAGUACAAAAAGUGUUCUGUCAUCAGUGUUACUUAAAUGGCUGAUUAUACCAAAACUAUGACAUUCACAUUUAAACAUAAGGUACUAUCAUGUUAGAUUCCAGCAUUGUAGCAGUGUAUACAUAAUGAAUCUAUGAGGUUCUUUCUUUUCUGCAUUGUAAUAGUUACUUAGGUCACCUUGAAAACGUUUUGCAAAUUUUGAAACAUCACAGAAUCGUUGAAUUAGGAACCAUUUCCUGCAGUUCCACAAAGCUUGGAAAGAUUUAUAUUUAUUACUGAGCAUGGAAUGUUGAGUCCUGACUAUCUUGGUUUUCAUAAAAGAAAGAAUGUUGCUGACUCUCCUAGUUGUAAAGAUAUACUGAUGUGUGAGAGCCAUGAAUGCCAAAAUACCAUGCUAGAACAAUGUCUGGGUAGCAUUGCCCAGUGUUUCUUAUAAGCCCUUGGUUCCAUACAUAAAUGUUCUUUCUUCACCACAAGUAGCUAAAGCAUAACGCAUUUUGGAAAAUAUGGGAAAAUAUGCACAUUUGUAUUGUUUGCAUAAUUUAGACAAGGAUACCGAAUUUUGUUUUGGUGCUGAAUUGUUGAGUGUUGGAACCAUAGAUUGUGAACAGCCCUAACUAAAAUGUCCACUGCAAUUACAGCAUUGGUGCUGCCUUAAG